GUAACCUAGCAACAAGGACAACAAACACGACUCUUCCCAUAGGACGCGACAUGAUACAGGCGCCUAAAUGAAAUAACUAUUUUUAUAUAUUGUAGCUGAUUUAAAGUAAUGGAGAGCGACAGUCCUCAAAAACAGAUGCCAGAACCUCGUAUCUUCGUGGAGAGAACUUUGGCUUUAAUCAAACCUGAUGCCAUCCACAAAACUGACGAAAUAGAGGACGUUAUUCUUCAGUCUGGAUUUACAAUUCUGCAGAAAAGGCGUCUUCAGCUGAGUCCAGAGCAAUGCAGUGAUUUCUAUGCUGAGCAUUAUGGGAAGCUGUAUUUUCCCCAUCUGACUGCCUUCAUGAGCUCAGGACCGGUUGUUGCUCUAGCACUGGCCCGACACCAGGCUAUUGCCACCUGGAAAGCUAUAAUGGGACCAGUCAGCAGCAUAAAGGCUAGAGAGACACAUCCCGACUGUCUGAGGGCGAGACUGGGCACAUGUGACCUGCGGAAUGCUGUGCAUGGCAGUGAAUCCUUCUCUGCUGCUGAGAGGGAGAUCAGGUUCAUGUUUCCCAACUCUGUGAUUGAACCCAUUCCUAUGGGAGAUGCUGCCAAAGAUUAUCUGAGCCGGUAUGUCAGCCCAACACUUCUCACUGGACUGACAGAGCUGUGCAAGAAAAAGCCAGUGGACCCCUUUACAUGGCUUGCUGACUGGCUGAUGAAUAAUAACCCUAAUAAGCCCAAAAUAUCUGAUGGAACAGUAGUGAAGCCAACUACUACUGCCUAGACCGAUUUGUUUUUCAAGCAACAAGAAUUUACCAACAAGUUACUGUCUUGAUCUAUUUUGGUUGUUUUUUUCCAUAUCAUUCGAUCUAUGUAAUAAAAUAAAGUGUAGUUUAUAAACAA